AUGGGUCGCUACACGGGCCAGACGUGCCGCCUGAUCUUCAUGCUGGUGCUGACCGCCGGCUUCUUCGUGGCCGAGCUGGUGUCGGGGUCGAUGGGCAACUCGAUCGCGCUGGUGUCCGACUCGUUCAACAUGCUCUCGGACCUGAUCGCGCUGAGCGUGGGCCUCGGCACCGGGCGCAUGGCGCGCCGCCGCGGCCGCCCGGUCAGCCCCACCGCCUCCUUCGGGCACGGGCGCGCCGAGGUGGUGGGCGCCCUCAGCAACGCCGUCUUCCUGGCGGCGCUCAACUUCACCAUCCUGGUGGAGGCGCUGCAGCGGCUGGCCGGCCCCGAGGCCAUCAGCGACGCCUUCCUCGUCCUCGUGGUGGGCGCGCUCGGCCUCGCCGUCAACAUCGUGGGGCUCCUCGUCUUCCAGGAGUGGCCCUGCUGCGGCGGGAGCAGCAGCCCCGCGGCCUCACCUCCGCCCCCGCCCGGCCAUCCCGUCGACGGCCAGCUCCACGCCGCCCCCGGCUCAGCCGCCCUCGACGGCGCCGCGGCAGCCACCGGCCCCCUCGAGCAAGUGGAAGUCGAGAUUCAAAGCACUGACGUAGCAGGUGAUUCCAUAAAUACCCAGAAAAACCUUGAAGAGGAGGUGACAGAGAAAAAAGAGAAAAAGUCUGAAGCGUUGAACAUCAGAGGUGUUCUUUUGCAUGUGAUGGGAGAUGCCCUUGGCUCAGUUAUUGUUGUAGUAGCAGCUUCAAUAUUCUAUGUGCUUCCUCUGGAAGAGAAUGAGCCAUGUAACUGGGAAUGCUACAUUGAUCCCAGCUUAACCAUAGUUAUGGUGUUCAUCAUACUAUCUUCAGCUUUCCCGCUUAUCAAGGAGACAGCCACCAUCUUGCUGCAGAUGGUUCCCAAGAGUGUUAAUAUGCAAAUACUGACAAACAAACUGUUAGAUGUGCCAGGGGUUAGCAGCAUUCAUGAGUUGCACAUCUGGGAGCUUGUCAAAGGGAAGAACAUUGCCACCCUCCAUGUGAAGUGUCACACUAAUACUGAUUACCAGGUGGCUUCUUUCAAACUGAGGGAGAUGUUCCAUGAAGCAGGAGUCCAUUCGGUGACCAUCCAGCCAGAGUUCAUUGACCACAAGAGUCCAGAGAUCCUGUGCAGUUCCCCGUGUGUCUCGAAAACUUGUGAUGCCCAGUUAUGUUGCAGCCAGCAAGAAGCAUUCCUCGCUCGGGCGAGUUACUUCCCUGAGCCAAACGGCGGCCUUUCCCCAACUCUGCAAAAACUCUUCCAUAGAAAUGAUGUUGUGGAAAUUCCCAUUGAACCCAUGUGGGCUGAAGAUGUAAAGAAAAAGAACAGUUCCCCAAAAGAUAGUUAUAAAGAAACAGGCAACACCAAACCAUGUAAAAACAGCACACAUUUUUAA